ACUGUCCAUUUACCAAAAUAAGGUAGCGAUAAUUGAUUAUUUCCCCCAAAUACCUGAAAAGCAGGUGUCGCGAUUUUGCAGCCCUAGCUUCCUCCGCCGGGAAGGUCCAAGGUCAAUCUCCCUCGCCCCUCACAGCUUCUUCGACGUUCUCUCUGAAGCUCUUAUUCUUCUAAUCAAUCCACUAACACUGCAAUCUUUUUCAAUCCAUGUCGUAAGCUAAGAACAAGGUAAACCCUACUCAACUCACUCAAAUUCAGUGCUCUUUCGGAUAUGCUCUUGCUUCCCUAGUUUGUUACGGUUAUAAGCUAAAUGUCUGCCAACAACAAUAACCCUUCUAAGGGCCCUGGGGCCCCUUCGUCCUCCAUACCCGGAACCUCCGCCUACCCACCUUCGCAGCUUGCGCCGGGCUUUCCGGGCCAGUUCCCACUCUCCCAAGCCCACGCCAUUGUGCAAGCGCAGUUUCAGGCUCAGCUCCAAGCCCAUGGGCUUUCUCUCAACCACAAUUUAGCUCUGCCCGGCAAUGCCAAUAGCGCGAGCCUGAAACGUUUCCUUCCAAAACCCCCGGUUCACCCCGUUGGGUUUAACGCGGUCACUCCGUUUAAACCCAUGGAGCUGACCCCCGCCGCCCGAAGAAAGAAGCAGAAGCUCAACGAGAAGCAGCUUCCUGAGAAGGUUGCCGCGAUUCUGCCAGAGUCGGCGCUGUACACUCAGCUUCUUGAGUUUGAGGCUCGUGUUGACGCUGCUCUUGCUAGAAAGAAGGUUGACAUACAAGAAGCGCUGAAGAACCCACCCUGCAUUCAGAAAACUCUUAGAAUUUACGUGUUCAACACUUUUGCGAAUCAGAAUCGCCCCGCCAUGGGGAAGCCGAAUGCCGAGCCUCCUACUUGGACUCUUAAGAUAGUUGGGAGGAUAUUGGAAGAUGGUGAAGACCCUGAUCAGCCAGGAAUUGUUCAUAGGUCGUCGUCUCCUUUGUAUCCCAAGUUCUCUGCGUUUUUCAAGAGAGUGACGAUUUCCUUGGACAAGAGGCUGUAUCCUGAUAAUCACCUCAUCACGUGGGAGAACUCGCGAUCCGCUGCGACUCAUGAAGGUUUUGAGGUGAAGAGGAAGGGGGAUAAGGAGUUCUCUGCGCAUAUACGGUUGGAAAUGAAUUAUGUCCCGGAGAAGUUUAUGCUUUCGCCGGCAUUGAGAGAAGUGCUUGGUACUCAGGUUGACACCCGGCCGAGGAUUGUUGCUGCAAUUUGGCAUUAUGUGAAGGCUAGGAAAUUGCAGAACCCAAAUGACCCUUCUUUCUUUCACUGCGAUCAGGCACUUCAGAAAGUGUUUGGGGAAGAUAAGAUGAAGUUUACUACGGUUUCGCAGAAAAUAUCGCAGCAUUUGUUCCCUCCUCAGGUUGUACUUUUGGAGCAUAAGAUCAAGCUCUCUGGAAGUAGUCCUGUUGGAUCUGCUUGUUAUGAUGUCAUGGUUGAUAUUCCUUUUCCCAUUCAGAGGGAAUUGUCUGCUUUGUUGGCCAACAUGGAGAAGAACAAAGAGAUUGAUGUGUGCGAUGAAUCCAUAUGUGGAAUCAUUAGGAAAAUACAUGAGCACCGAAGGAGACGAGCGUUCUUUGUUGGUUUCAGUCAAUCUCCCGUGGAAUUUAUAAAUGCCUUGGUCGAAUCUCAAAGCAAGGAUCUGAAGAUUGCAGCUGGAGAAUCUGGUCACAAUGCUGAGAAAGAGCGUAGAUCAUCAGAUUUAUUUAACCAACCAUGGGUUGAGGAUGCGAUCAUUCGCUAUUUGAAUCGCAAACCGGCAGCAGGAGGCGAGGCUCCAGGGAGCACAUGAUGCCCAGAGUCUGAAGUAUAUCAUGGGAAUUUCAGAUGUAGCAAGUCUUCUGUAUCAUUGUAUAUGGUUGGGUCGAGCUAAUGGAAGCACUGAUAUUUGUAGUUUCUGUGUUGAUAGUAACUUAUUAGGAGUUUCAGUUCUGCAAGUUGCAACCAAUAUCAUUGACUGUAAGAAAAAUUAUAUUAGGUAGGUGGGGAUGGAUUGGUGUACAGUAAUUUCAGACUUGAGUUAUCUUGUGGCGGACAAGGUUAAGAUAGAAAAGACUUUGCACGCCAUGACUAUUUGUUCCAUAUAUAUUAUGCUGAAUUUUAUUAGAGUAAAAGUUAAUUAACUACUCUUUACACGUCUGAAAUUAGCACGUCUCUCUUGUCAGUCACUAUAUUAAAACUUGAAAAAUGUUAAUAUUAGUUUUUAAAUUGAUUUUUAAGCUUAAAAAAACAGAUAAAAUUUUUGAAAAUAAAAGUGUUUAUUAUAAUUUCUUACUUUUAAUUUUAUAAAUAUUUUUUUAAUAAAACUUGUAAAUUUUAGAUGUUUAAGAUCAAAAUUCUUAAAACUUUUAUUCCAAACUGCCUGGUUUCAUCUUGAAACUUGUGUUCGACAGUGUAAUAGGUUAUAGUAUAAAACUUAAUGUAAUUUUGUAGGUGUUUGGUGUUCUUUAGUUAAGAUUAGAAUUUUAUUUUGGCAUUUCGCUGACUUUAAAUGUUAAAUUCUGUUGUGUGGAAUACAAAAGUGAAACUUUAAUUUUCAUUGGAGAAAAAAAAAUGCUCUUGAUAAUAUUACCAGUUUUGUCAUAAGUUAAAUUUAUUCUGCAAAUCCAAACAAUUAAGUUUUUUAAAUCCACAUAAAUUUUAGGUGAAGAUUCAGGUUUGUGGUUCUUUGCCCUUGUUAUGUAACAUUUGCGAUUAGAGUGGUAGUGGAAAAGGGAGAGAUUGCUGCCAUCAUUUUCCUUAUCCUCCAUUCCAAUUGGUAUCUUUUUCUUUGACUUCUUCACCUUCCCAACUCCUUUUGUGAUUUAAUUAAGUCUAAAGGUGCGUUCAGAAGAGAUCAUAUGAGAGUUUACUAAAAUAGCUCAUGACACACUUUUUUCAGCUUAUUUCAACAAGUAUUAUGAUCAUAUUUAUGGUAUAAAAACUCUUCUUGUAAUAAUAUUUCAUCGAAUAAGUUCUUAAUUAAGUUGUUAUCCAACCGUCCUUAUUAUAUUCUGAGAUAGUUGAAGAGGUUCGGGCAGCGACCUGGGAAUAAGCAACGUUUCUAAUAUUAUGGCAAUUAGCCGGUGAAGCAAGCGAAAAGCAUGCGACCAGCAUAUGAGGGAGAAAAUUGUGUAGGGAAGAAAAAUAGGAAAAACGUGCUGCUUUCAUCUUUGCAGGUUGAGUUGAAAUGACGCAUGUGAGAAUGGAACAGUUUCUGCGUCAAGUUAUUGGAUAAUGAAUCACAAAACAUUAGCUAUAAAAUGGUCAUUGUCACACUUCCUCAUUCAAGCUAAUCUUGUUUGCCUAUAAUUGACUUCGAAUCGUGCAAGCUGAUUUAUUCGGUAGCUCCCCUGCAGUCCUACACAUAAUUAAAAGUGUUUAUUCAACAAGCCCUUUUUAAUACAAGAACUUAUAACAUAUAUUGGACCGUAAAACUAAUAGGAAUAAGCUGAAAAUAGCUUAUUCUGAGAAGUUAUAUUGAAUAACUUAUUAAAAUAAAUUGAAAAGAGUUUACAAGAGUCAUAAAUUAUUUUUAUAACAUCUUCAUAAGUUUUUUCAAACAGGUCAAUGUAAGAAAAUAUGAAUAUGCAGGAGUUGUCAUUUGAGCCUACUGUGAAUUACAAUUGGACAUAGAACAAAUAUUUCACAAAAUGAACAUGUCUUUUUUACUUUUAGGUCUCUUAGUUUGAUCUUGUUUUUAGAUAUUAUACGUUCGUUGAUUACUACUGUAAUUGGGAUACAAGAAAUGUGAGCUUUUUAAGUCCAAGAAUAGUUUCAUUGAUCUUUUUUUAUUUUAAGUAAUCCUCUAUCACAUAAACUUGUGUCUAUCAUACUACUUUAUACGUGUAUAGGAUGUGGAGAGGCAAGAGCUUGGAUUGCAUGAAUUCAAAAUCAGAGAAGGAAAUAGAUAUCAUAUGCAACCUAACGUAAGGUAUCAACACUUUUUCCUAGUUAAUUACAGUAUCUUUUCAACAUAUUAUUUGGUUUAUUAAUUGAAAUAACUUGUCCUUAAUUUCUUUUAACAGUUUAUUUGCUUUUACUUUAUAAUUUUCGUUACCUAGUUAUUCAGAAUCUGACAAGAAAAAUUUAGUGAAGGAUGCCUCUCUUAGUACCCUAAGAGAGGCUUUAAAACAAGUUAUAGAAAUUACAUACUGAAAAUUAUGCGGCAGUUACUCUUCAGGUACC